AUGGCCGGGAAACGGAGCCGUCGUGGUGGUGGUGGUGGUGGUGGAGGUGGUGGAGGUGGAGGGGGAGGUGGAGGGUCCUCCCGUCGCCAGAGGCGGACCCGCUCUCGCACCGAGCUGAUCUUCUCCGCCAGCCACGUGGCGCAUCUGCUCCGGGAGGGCCACUACGCCCAGCGCCUGAGUUCGUCGGCGCCCGUGUUCCUGGCGGCCAUCCUCAAGUGCCUGACGGCCAAGAUCCUGGAGCUGGCGGGCAACGAGGCCCAGAACAGCGGCAGGAGGCUCGUCACCCCGGAGCUCGUGGAUAUGGCCGUGCACAACAACGCUCUGCUCAGUGGCUUCUUCCUGACUACGACCAUCUCCCAGGUGGCCCCGGCCCGCUAGUGAGGGUCCCAGGGCCCGUGCCAGACGCGCUCCCAGCCCCCAGCCGGGGAGGCACCCGGCGGCCUGCCUUCCCUUCGGCCUCGGGCAGCCUCCGUAUCAGUUCUAUUAAAGUGUUUUCAGAAACCCUGGGUGUGCGUGAGUCCCUCUGUGGCCGGCCGGUGGCCCUGAGGCCUGCACGUGGAGAA